AUUUUUCCACGGACCACUGUGCAGCCGGUCGGGGUACAAACGACGUGUCAGUGACUGCUGGCGACAUUUGCGCACCGCUCCACCUGUCGAGAGGACGCUCUACAGGCGCUGUGAACCUCUCUGAACAUCAGCUCGGCGUUCAGGAACCCCUGACUGCUAGUUCAACAGCUCGAAAUUGGCGAUAAGUGACAUCAUGUUACCUUCAAUUCAUAAUAUCGUUCACAUUUGGCUCAUCGCCCUCCUGGCGUCCACCGGCGGCUGCUACGUCCAGCCCACCGGAGUGUUGAACGGCCUGGACCUGAAGCUGCUGAAGGCGGUGACCAGCGACCUCAGCACCAACAGGCCCGUGUCGCCGUUCGUCAUGUCCACCCUGCUCAGCCAGGUCUGGCUGGGCGCCAGAGGCGUCACCAGGAGCGAGAUGACUCCAGUGCUAGGCGUGAGGCCGAAUGCGCCGGAUUCGUUCCUGCCUUCCUACAAAGCAGCCAUCACCUACUUAUCGACCACGUCUGCAAACGUCAACACAUCAGUCUUCAAUGGGAUUUAUGUGAAGGACGAUACCACCGUUAAGCAGUCGUUUGCCGACAACCUGCAGACGUACUAUGGAGCUGAGGUGAACAAGUUCUCCACAGCUAAGGAGGCUGCCGACGACAUAAACGCCGCCGUAGCACAAACAACCAACAACCUGAUCAGAGACCUUAGUCGUGUUUACAUAGGGUUCCCUUAAUCUUCCCCUAUUUCUCCCCUAUUUUCAGAUCGAAUUUUAGGCAUCAUAGCGCUCACGUGUAACGCUGCUAUGGACGCUAUUGUUGUUAGAAGCAUACUAAGCAUCGUUUAUGCUGUAAACAAUAUAAAUUGGGCUUAUUUAAUACUCGAAAUUCAACAAUUCAUAUUUUGAAGUAAUUUUAUCCUGCCCUUCAAUUCCCUCUUUAAGCGACAAA